ACAGAAGACGCUGGUCGUUCUCUUCGGAUCUUACUUUCAACGAUUUCCCGUUUUUGUUACCGACUCACCGGAAAACAGCUUCCGGUUCUCCCUGUGAGCGGUGAGACGCGUCAGGAGGCGGUAAUUUGUUUCCUUCUGCUACAUUGACUGACUGUGCUGAGAAUGUCCCGAGCCUCCUCCUAUUUCUCCCCUUCCUCCCUCCUGCUGCCUCUCCUCCUCCUCCUCCUCCUCCUCCUCGCGUGUGCGGCAGGAGCGGCAGAUGACGCGGCCUGCAGCGACGCGUUCUGCUCCGGUCAGCAGAACUUCGUGCUGGACACGCAGGACGCUGUGAGGGAGGGAGCGGCUCUACUGGCCUCCGAGCGUGUGAGCUCCCCGGAAGACUGUCAGCACGCAUGCAGCAACAAUCCGCUCUGCAACCUGGCGCUGCUGGGGCCGCGCGGCACCGGAGCGGCAACAGCGGAAAAAACAAUUUGUGUCACUUUCAACUGCGUCUACAGAAACCGCUUCGUGUGCAGGUUCGUGAACCAGGCCGGGUACCAGACCUUCAUCAGACAGGAAGUGUACCAGAAACACCUGCAGGGGCCGCAGGUACCAGGUGAAAGCAGAAGUGGAGCAGGUGAUUCUGCACUGGCAGGUGAUCUGGCUCCGCCCAUUGCCAUUGCAGGUCGUGAUGUCAUCGUGAAGCCCGGAGAAACUGUGACACUCAACGGGAUCGAGAGCCUGGCCCUUGGCGACGCCCACAUCGAGCACUACCGCUGGACUCAAGAGAGCGGAGAGGCCGACGUCAAGAUGGAGAAGACAGAUCUACCUGACCAGGUGAGACUCUCCAACCUGCAGCCGGGCUCCUACACCUUCCAGCUGACCGUCAUAGACUCCAACAGCCAAUCACACGACACCAAAGUCAAAGUGCUCGUCCUCAGCCCGGAGCUGACCAGCCUGUACUGUCUGGCUCCGCAGAAGGUCGGUCCGUGUCGUGCUAUGUUUCGUCGUUGGCGUUAUGACGCUGCAUCAGGUGAAUGUAACGAGUUCAUUUUUGGAGGCUGUAAACAAAACAACAACAACUUCCUGUCCAAGGACGAGUGUUUGUCUGCCUGCAGCGGGGUCAAAGCAUUCGAGAGGAGCGGCGCCCUACCUGCUGCUGAGAAGUGUGGUGAGACGUGUGGGCCUCGACAGCUGACCUGCAGCAGUGGCUGCUGUGUGGACAGAAACCUGGAGUGUGACGGCGUGACGCACUGCACUGACCAAUCAGACGAGAAACAUUGCAGCAAACUGAAUCAGACCUUCACCCGCCUGCUGGAUAUCAACGUGAACCAGAGGAAUGCUCGGUGCUCAGAGCCCCCCUUAACUGGCCCAUGUCGGGCGAGUCACACCCGCUGGUACUACUUCCCUCUCGACAGGAAGUGCUACCGCUUCACCUACGGCGGCUGCGAAGGAAACGAAAACAACUUUGAAGAGGAAGACAAGUGCAGCGAGACCUGCAGCGGAGUGUCCGAGCGCAGUGUGUUUUUUAGAGGGAUGUUUGAGCGGUAUGAGAAAAGAGACGAAGAAGAAAGUGACUCAGGAAACAUAGCGCUGGCAGUCCUGCUGUCGGUGGCCAUCUUGGCUCUGCUGGCAGUCAUCACCUACUGUUUCCUCAAGAACCGUAAAGAGCGCUCCCACAGGCCCGUCAGCACAGGCCCCGCCCACGUGGCGCUGUCAGAGCAGGACACGCUGGUCUACAACAGCACCACCAAACCUGUAUGACGUCAUCACCACCACAUCUCACUGCCAUCACCAUGGAGACCUGUACCAGCUGCGGCCUGUUUAGAUUUCAAACAAACUUUAUUCAAACCUGCUGCGUGCAAAGGUUGUUUUAACGUUUUUUUACAGUGUGCUGGGUGUGAUGUAAUAUAUUAAAGAUUCCUGUUUUUUACAGUGUGCUGGGUUUGAUGUAAUAUAUUAAUGAUUGCUGUUUUUUAGUGUUCUGGGUUUGAUGUAAUAUAUUAAUGAUUGCUGUUUUUUACAGUGUGCUGGGUUUGAUGUAAUAUAUUAAUGAUUGCUGUUUUUUAGUGUUCUGGGUUUGAUGUAAUAUAUUAAUGAUUGCUGUUUUUUACAGUGUGCUGGGUUUGAUGUAAUAUAUUCGUAAUGUCUGCGUUUGGGUCUCACGUUUGUUGGUUUGUUUUUGUUUAGUGUGAUGUUUCUAAAUAUGAACUGAAUCCUCUCAGGGAGUUAUUUUCAUUUUUAAGAUAAAUAAAUAAACUGUCAUUUUAAACAUGUUUAAAAAAAUAAAAAAUUCUAUAAGUUCUUCA